AUCAGCACUUGAUGUCGCCGAGGGAGGUGCAGAGACAGAUGUUUAAAGUUAAAUACUAAGUUGGUUGCUGGUUUAUCGUGUGAGUUUCCGACCUGUGUUGAACCGGAGUGCCUCUUUGACUAAUUUAUUCCACUAGUCACAGAUUUCCUGGUGUCAAGCCAGUUGCAGCCGCCAUGGUAACUUUAAACAGAGAAGCCAAAACAAAACGAGGCUGAUCAAUCGCUAUUGAUCAUUAGCUGACACACAAGUAUCUACAACUACAAUUAUUGGCCGUCGGCACUGACAAACAAGUCAUGCCAUUGCAUUCAUCAGUAGCAACAUCUACCGUAAAAGCCACUGUGGAGUAGAGUGACACUUUUGAGGUCGCACGAACACAGACCUCGUUGAACAACACGAGAAAUGCCAGGCAGACAAGAUGAGUCAAGUAUCGAGUGCUGUUUGUGAGAGCGAACAUGGCGGAUGACAAGGACUCGGUGAGUAAGCUGAGGGACCUGGCUGAGCUGAGAGAUCAGCUGGAGAACAUCCAGAGGCGCGUGGAGAGCGAAGUACAGGCAGGAAUACCACAGGGUGGUUCGCUGCUGGCGUCUCCGUUCCUGAAGGGGGCGGUAGCUGGCUACGUGGUUGCUAAGCUGCGCUCGGCCGCCAUCUUGGGGGUGUGUCUUGGAAUCUGCAGUGGAAUCGUAGUGGCGCAGAACUACCCCGUGCCCAACAUAGAACAGACGUUACGAGACGCCAUCGCCAAUCUGAAGAAGCCUCGGGACUGACACACACACACGCACGCACACACGCACGCACACACACACACACACACACACACACACACACACACACACACACACACAGAGCCUGGACUGCAUUGCACUUAGAAAAUUAUUUGCUACUGUGGCUGAACUAUUUUGAUUUUGCUAAAUUCUUGUCAUUGUUGCUAAUUUAUUCUCAGUUUCGCUAAAUUAUUUGUGUUGUUGUUGUGAAAUUGUUCACAGUGUUGAUUAAUGAUUUAAAUGUGGUACCUGUCA